CAAUCGAGAGAAAUAAUUUGAUAAAAAUUUAUACACACUUGAAAACGUACUAUGAUUUAGCGAAAAUAAUACAAUGAAAAAUAGUAUAAUAUCUAAAUUUGUGUAAUACAAUGUCGUUAUCGCUGUAUAAAUAUUCGCACUAAAACGAAUGCACCUACGCAACUGCUGGUGUUUCCAUAUGCCAACUUAUCGCAAUGCAAACCCUCGUAAGAAAACAUUGUGAUAAUUGAAGCGGCGGCGCCAAUCGGAGAUCAAAAAGAUCACUGGAGUAAUUAAAAAAAAGUUGGUACUUUUAUCGCGACGAUUGCAGAACAAAUAAAUAUCAAGGAUCUAGUUCGAUAGUAUCUAACCUUUUAUAAUCUUCGUAAAACAUCAUGUCAUUCGUAAAUGACAUAUGUUGGAUAAAUUGGAAAAUUAGGCUGAUUGCAUUCAAUUGAAUUUCUUUCUGGAAACAGAUACGGUAGAAUAACGACGAAAAUAAUCUUAUAAAAGUUAGUUUGUAUACCGAAGAAAAAUGUGUGACUGUCUGCAAAAGGAGAUCGCUGGAAAAAUUGGAUCGGAAACUGUAACUCUUUUCACAAAAUGUCCUGCGCCAUAUCGCCCUGGAAGAGAUAUUUUUGAGCAUAUAGUUUCCAUUGGUUCCGAUCGAAUGUUAAUCGAUUCCGUGCGAUCCAGUAGCAGCGAAAUGACAUACACUUCUAUGGAAAUUUUGUCGACAGACACGGGAUCCUCUCUUCCCAGCAAAUCAAACAGACUAUAUAAAUUCAUUUAUCCCACGAAAUACAAUUGUUCUGGCAAAGAAGAGGAUUUUAAAUUGUCGCCGGUAUGUUUUGAAACCGACAAAAUUAAGGAGGCCGUUGAGGAGGAACCGGAUAUUGAAUUUACAUUGGCUAUCAUAAAGCCGGAAGCAAUGGUCUAUAGGAAGGAAAUCGAGAGUCGAAUAUGCGCGGAAGGAUUUGAAAUUUGUCAGACUCGUUGGCUACAGCUGACACCAGAACAGGUUGCAGAAUUCUACAAAGAACGUUUCGGCGAACUGAGUUUUCCUCAUCUGGUGGCAUAUAUGUCAUCGGGACCCAUCAUAGUGUUUGUAUUAGCGAAGGAAAAUGCCAUAAAAGAAUGGAAGAGAAUCAUAGGACCGACCACGGUGGCCGAAGCGCGUUUGUAUUUUCCUGACAGCAUCCGAGCAAGAUAUGGUCGUAGAGGAGACGACUUAAAGAAUGCUAUCCACGGCAGUUGCGAUAGCGAACAGGCUGAAAAAGAAAUUCAUUUCUUCUUUCCUGAUUUUAUAAUUGAACCCUUGCUGAAAGAUGAAAUGGCUGAAGAUUUUUUAUGGGAAACUAUUAAUCCCGUUCUUAUCGAAGGUUUAACAUUGUGUUGUAAGCAGAGACCGGCCGAUCCUGUAUUAUGGUUGGCGCACUGGCUGAUCCUGAACAACCCUAAUAAACCUAAACUACCGGAAGAUCUCGCUUUAAUUCCGACAUGAUAAUUCUUUCUCUCUCAUACCGUCGAUUUGUUUUAUACUUUAACGCAGGACAACCGCCCG